GAAGUCGCAAUAGUUGAUUUUUGUUUGGUGGGUCGGUUGGUUUGUUUUGUUCAGUAAACUUUAUUUUUGAUCAUAGUGUCGUUGAUUGCCUUUUAAUUCUAAAAAAAAACUAUAAAAAGAUAAAUCAAUUGGUGUACAUGUAAAACAAAUGCCGAAAAGCGCAUAGAAUUUGAAAAAUCACCUGUGGUCAAAGAUCAGCAAAAAUGUACUUUCUAAAGAGUGCAGCCACAGCAUUUACAACUACAACGUGGAUGUUACUAACAUUUCUGUCUACGUAUUCGUUAAUGGUUGCAGCAACACAUGUUAAUUCUCAAUUACAGUCAACGGCUACAAUUAGUUCGGCUUUUGCAGCGACACCGCACUGGCAUGUACAAUUCAAGCCGACUAAUGUAACCGCUCAUAUGGACACGACAGUUAAGAUUUUUGUGGAAAUAACAAAUAUUGAUGCAACCUAUUUGAAUGACAUCAGUUUUCGUUUUUGCAGCGACAAUAAUCGCUUGGCUCAAUCCAAUGACCUUGUUUUGGGUUCACAAAUAAAUCCAGCAACUCGAAAAUGGCAAGGAGACAUUACCAUCGAUGCGAAACUUUUGGGUUAUGCUCGUUUACAUGUGGAGAUGAGUAAUAGCAGGGAUAAUACUAAGGAGAUAAGCAGAGAAUAUUUAACAUUGAUAAUAAUCAGAAAGACACGUAUAAUAGAUCAUAUAUUUACGGGAUCUGUGGCAUUAUUUGUUUCAUUGUUGUACAUUAAUUUUGGAGCAGCACUGGACUUGUCGGUAUUGAAGGGAUUAAUCAUAAAACCAGUGAGUGCUUCGAUUGGCUUCUUGACACAAUUCCUGCUGAUGCCCCUCAUAGGCUAUGGUGUGGGUUACUUCUUAUUUCCCGAUAAUGUGGAAAUGCAAUUGGGGCUGUUUUUCACUGGGGUGUCGCCCAGCGGAGGUGCCUCCAACAUUUGGGCCGUACUUCUAGGCGGUAACAUAAAUUUAUCCGUAUUAAUGACCACCAUCAGUAAUAUUGCUGCAUUUGCCAUGAUUCCUUUGUGGAUUUUUACCUUGGGUCACUUAAUAUUCGCUAGGGGCCAUAUGACAAUUCCCUAUGCAAACAUAGCCACUUUUGCUGUGGCCUUGGUGGUGCCGCUUACCAUAGGUGUAAUUAUACAAAAAUAUUCACCACGCAUGACAAGGAUUUUGGUGAAACUGCUCAAGCCCAUCUCCACCUGUUUGGUAUUGUUUAUAAUCAUAUUUGCCACUGUGACCAAUUUAUAUCUGUUUCAAUUAUUUUCAUGGCAGAUUAUCUUAGCAGGACUAUUACUACCCUGGCUGGGCUAUAUAAUCGCUUGGAGUGUUGCUACUAUCCUUAGACAAAAUCCUGCAGAUGCUUUAACUAUAGCCAUUGAGACGGGUAUCCAGAAUACCGGCAUUGCUAUAUUUUUGUUACGAAGUUUGCCUCAACCUCAGGCUGAUUUGACCACAGUUAUUCCUGUGUCAGUGGCCAUAAUGACCCCCUUUCCUUUAUUGUGUUUAUAUUUGUACAAAAAAUGUAGUGAAAGAGAAAUAAGAUAUGGUCUUUUAAUAGAUGAUCGAUCAACAGCAUAUUAGAAGUUAUUUACAUUUUUAUAGUAAAAAAUCGGUUUGUUAUGUUUUUAAAUGUAAUUCGAAAACUAUAUAUAUAUAAAAUUAAUUACAACACAUUA